UUCAUUCUUGGGUUCUUUAAGAUCUCUAGAAAUAUUAGACAUGUCUAAUAACAGUCUCUCAAGUACAAUACCCUAUGAACUAGAAAAUCUCACACUUUUAAAUACUUUGAAUCUGUCUUUUAACAAUCUCUAUGGUGAUGUUCCAUAGAACGUGUCUUUAGCAAUGUUUCGGCAAUUUCAUUAACCGGAAACAAAAACCUUUGUGGAGGAAUACCUCAAUUGAAAUUUCCUCCAUGUUCUAAGGUACUUGCCAAGAAACACAAAAGAUCACUCAAAAAGAAACUUAUCCUUAUCAGUGUAAUUGGCGUGGUUUUGAUCUCUUUCAUAGUUUUUAUAAUUUUCUAUUUUCUUUCAAGAAAGACCAAAAUGUUACCUUCUUCACCAUCUUCGCAAAAAGGGAAUUUGAUGAUUACUUAUAGAGAGCUACAUGAAGCAACCAAUGGGUUUUCUUCAUCCAAUUUGGUUGGAACAGGAAGUUUUGGUUCUGUUUACAAAGGAUCUCUUCUUAACUUUGAAAAACCCAUUGUUGUAAAGGUAUUGAAUCUUAAAACAUGUGGAGGAGCAAAGAGUUUCAAAGCAGAACGCGAAGCUCUAGGAAAGAUGAAACACCGAAACCUUGUCAAGAUCCUAACUUGUUGUUCAAGCGUUGAUUAUAAGGGUGAAGAGUUCAAGGCUAUUGUUUUUGAGUUCAUGCCUAAGGGGAGUCUAGAAAAGCUUCUGCACGAUAAAGAAGGGUCUGGAAUUCAUAAUCUCAGCCUCAGACAAAGGGUUGACAUUGCUCUUGAUGUAGCUCAUGCACUUAAUUAUCUUCACAAUGGUACAGAGCAAGCCAUAGUUCACUGUGAUAUUAAGCCGAGCAACGUUCUUCUGGACGAUGACAUUGUAGCUCACUUGGGAGACUUUGGCUUAGCUAGGCUCAUUCUUGGAACCAGAGACCAUUCAAGUAAAGAUCAAGUUAAUUCUUCCACAAUCAAGGGAAGUAUAGGAUAUGUUCCUCCUGAAUAUGGAGCAGGUGUUCCAGUAUCUCCCCAGGGAGAUGUUUACAGCUUUGGGAUUCUCUUGUUAGAGAUGCUCACUGGAAAGAGACCAACAGAUAACAUGUUUAGCCAGAAUCUUAGCCUUCACAAAUUCUGUAAGAUGAAAAUUCCUGUAGAAAUUCUUGAGAUAGUGGAUUCACAUUUGCUUAUGCCAUUUCCUAAAGAUCAGACACUAAUGACGGAAAAAAACAUUAAGGAGUGUCUAGUGAUGUUUGCUGAAAUAGGAGUUGCAUGUUCCGAAGAAUUCGCUACUCAUCGAGUGCUCACAAAAGAUGUUAUAGUGAAGUUAUUUUUACAAAAUAUGAUAAUGGGAAGAUAA